ACCCUUAAAGACAAUUAUUAGUAUACGGAAACUCUAUUAGAAUAUAGAGAUAUUAAUGCCUUUUCUCGGCGACCUAACAAACUCCUUAUAAACUUCUGUUUAAUAAGAUGAUAGGAUGCACCGAUAUCCCAAUGUUCCCUCGCAUCUAGAAGCUCUAGAAGAUGUUUAAAAGCUUCCUUCACCUCUUCCGUCACGGAUGUGUAGUACUGUACGUGUACGGUACGAAGGCUUCGGAGGAUUGGCAGAGACUCUAUAUCGAUACCACGACUAUAGAGGAAGUCUUCCAAAUGAAAGUGUCGUUUCCCGGCCUCUACAAAGCCUUCAGGAUCCUGCGACACGGUAGGAGAUGGUUAAGGAUCUACGGGAGCCUCAGAGGCUGUUCUAACAGAGAUCCGGUCCGUUGAAGUUAACUUGCAGUAAUGACUGAACCUAUCAGAGGCUUUCCAGAUCUCUUUACAUUCUGGACAAACUUCAUGAUGGAUUUCCGAAUGUUUCCUCUGAUUGCUAUUCCUGGUGAAACGCUUUUUGCAGCCGCGGUGAGUACAUCGAAACGUUCCUUCGUUAAUUUCUUCCCUUUCAUAGGUAUCAAGCAAUACUGUAACUAUAUUGUCGGAAUUGUAGGAUGGGUGUAGGUUGAGCGCA